UAGGCCUUCUCCUCCUCCUCCUCCUCCCUCGGUGUGUGUUUUGUGACUCCCUCCUUCUGCUUCAGAGUGGAAGAGCGGCCUGACAGGGACAUACCAUUCUUCAACCGUGGGGGAAGUCAUGUAGAAGCCUAAAGAGAAGCUGCAUUCAUUCUUUGAGCUGACAGCUCACUGCCUUCCCCCACUGCAUUUUCUGUCAGUGAGCUGUUCCGAGGUGGAGGGGAGAGUUUGUAGGGGGUUGAGAGGAGAAGAGAGUGAGCACAGCAUUUGAUAAACCAGCUGAUCAGAGCUGAGGUAUUCAGCCACAGAGACAGAGGGAGAGAGAGCGACAGAGACGAGAGCGUGACUGGAAAUAAGAAUAAGAAGGGCAGAGAACGCAGCUCAAGUCUUUGUAAUUUUGAGAUUAGUGAUAUAGAAGUUGGGUAGUGUAAAAAUGUGUAGUUCCCUUCAUGGGAAACUGAGAAGUGUGAGAAGUGGGAACCUCUAUAGAAAGAUGUGAGAGCUGUUGGUUGGGUGGAAACCUGAGGAAGAAUCAGAAAAGGAUCAGUCAAGUGCUGGAAACCAAUCCACGGCUAUCGGUGAGAGAGGGUCAGAGGACCCUGCUGGAAUAAAGAGUGAUGUCUUGGCUCUCACCCGUGUCAUGGGCUAAAUGGACAUGGACGGCAGUGCGCGGGGGAGAGGGAGAGGAGGAUGAAGACGGGCAGGAGGCCAGCGAGGAGAGGGAGCAACGUGGAGAGAGAGUAGACGAAGACGAGGAGGAGAGAUCUCAAGGCUGCAGCUCUGACUCAGAGGGUCAUUUUGGCACUCCUGAGGCAGCGACUCCUGAGGCAGCGACUCCUGUCCGCGCCCCGCCGACCAUCCCAGGAGAGCUGGAGAACAACAACUCUGAUGCAGACAAAACAGAGUUGGAGCAGGAGGAGAACCUGAUAGUGACUGCUCCUGUCAGGGAUCAGGACACUCUGCUCAGCCACAACAUGGGUCAGGAUGAGCCUGCAGUCCCCAUGGGUGGCCCGCUCGAAAUAAACAUUCAGACCCUAGAAGAAGAACAAACGGUGAAAUUUCCAGCAGAUUUGGGCUCUUUGCCUGCUGCUGAUUUAUCCACACAGAAGGAAGUGGCUCCAUCCUCUGAGUCAUCCCAAGUCCCAGCUACUCUUCUAGCAGCUGAUCCAGUCCCAGAUCUGGCUCCAGCUCUGGGUCCUGCUCUUUCCUCAGAACCAGAUUCAAUCCUGAGCAGUGAACCUGAAAUCCUCUCAGCUCCAGAGCCCCUUGAGGAGAAACCUCCUACUGAACCAGAGGCACAAUACAAUGGCCUGUCCAACGAGGCAGAGCCUACUCAAAAGAGUAAAACGAGGAAAUCCAAACCUCCAUCUCUGAAAAUGAAGUCCUCGCUGAAUAACGCUGCUAACACAAACGAGGAAGAAGAGCUUCCUGUCCCUAAGGUCACAUAUAACUUUGACCUUUUGGAUGAGAGCUUUAACCCAUUCACCAGCGGCGGAUCAAAAAUCCAAAACUCUCCCCCACCGUGUGAACCGGGCUCUUUCCCCAGACUCGAGCCGCUCGGAGAGGCCAGCUCAGCAGCACAAGCACACUCGGAAACAACAAAUCCAUCAUCUGAGGUUAAGCCCGUGAUGAUGGAGUUUGGCCUGGAUGAAGGACCAGCCAGCAGACCUCCUCCAAAGAACCUAGGAGGGAAAAAGACAAUCAGUAAACUUGCUACAAAGAAGCAGAAGCCCAAAGGAUCCGAGGCUUCCUGCAAACCUGAACCAGAACCCACAGUGUUAGAAACACUUUCACAGCCAGCACCAGAACCAGUCCCCCAGUCUAUACCAGAGCCAGUUUCAGAGCCUGAUCUGGAAGUUUCUCUUCCAGUUUCAGACUCUUCUACACCUUUGAACUUGGACGAUGUUCCUAUUCUUAAGACAGGAUCAUAUAACUUUGAUCCCAGUCAGUCAGAUGACCCAAACUUCAAUCCAUUUGGUAGCAAUAGCAAGGUGAACAACUCUCCAGUGCUUCCUAGAAGCUCCUACAGCUUUGACCCGGACAAUAUUGAUGUUUCUGUGGACCCUUUUAAACCUUCAAAAUCUCUGAGCAACGAGGACACGUCCAGUACCUCGUCUCUGCCGGAGAAAAAAGUAAAAGAAGGAGAGAAACAAAAGGCAAGGCAACCUCAGGUGGAGAAGAAAGGGAGGCAGAUUCCCAAGAAAAACAAAGAGAGAACAAUCAAGAAUUCCUGUAAAGUAGAGAAAUACGAUGAAAGCCAGUCCUUGGUCCUUGACGUGUGUAAUCAGGAGAAGCUGGCCUCCACUUGUAUGAUGGGACAGACAACAGACAGCCAGCAGGAAAGAGAGGAGCCAGAAUGCAAUAAAGCACCUGUAAAAAAGCAGCUAAGCAGUGACAGAGCUAUAAUGGAUGGUUCUGAGACAAAGGUUGCAGACCAGCUGGAGGAGAAGGACAGCUUCAGCCUGAAAGAUGAUAUAAGUGCGAUGUCCACAACAACAAAACUGACCUGCAAUGAGGGUCCUGACACAGCAGCCCUGUCCCAGGACAGCGUGCCUCUGAGCGAGAUGGACAAAGCUGCAGUGCUAACCCUGAUCAGAGAAGAGAUCAUCGUUAAAGAGAUUGAGGUCAAUGAAUGGAAGAGAAAAUAUGAAGAAAGCCGAGCAGAGGUUAUGGAAAUGAGGAAAAUAGUUGCAGAAUAUGAGAAAACAGUCGCACAGAUGAUUGAGGAUGAGCAGCAGCAGAAGACCCUGUCAUGUAGUAAGUCAGUGAGACAGCUGACCUUAGAGAGAGAUCAGGCCCUGGCUGACCUCAACUCAGUGGAGCGCUCCUUUGCUGACCUCUUCAGGCGGUAUGAGAACAUGAAGGGAGUCUUGGAGGGCUUUAAGAAGAACGAGGAGGUGCUAAAGAAAUGUGCUCAAGACUACCUGAUGCGGAUCAAGCAAGAGGAGCAGCGAUAUCAAACCCUCAAAAUCCACGCUGAGGAGAAACUCGACAAGGCUAAUGAGGACAUAGCCCAGGUACGUGCCAAGGCAAACGGUGAGAGUGUGGCCCUAAACGCAAGCCUGAGAAAGGAGCAGAUGAAGGUGGAGUCACUUGAAAGAGCUGUCCUUCAGAAGAAUCAAGAGAUUGAAGAGCUCACCAAGAUCUGUGAUGAACUGAUCGCCAAACUAGGAACAGAAUAGGACGCCUUUCAUCAAACUCUGUGGCUCUUAAUUGCUUCCUCUUCAGCUCCAGAUUUUUCUCACAACAACAUCUGCUUUAAAUCUUUUACAUGAUCAUAGAUCAGGCACAUUGCAACUUUCAUUGCUUGUUUGUUUAAAUAUACAGUAUAUUACUGAAGGACAGUAUGGUUGCACUUGCUCAUUUUCUGCUUUCAGACUGAAAUACGAUGAGAGUACAACUAUUGUUGUGUUAAUCAUGUCAGGACCAUUGAAGAAGCACACAAUUAUAACAGGAUGUAAUGUUGUUGUUUGUUUUUUUUAAUAAGUCACUCAAUGAUUUGUAAACCUUUGCUUCAGGAUUUACAGUAAAGUAUCAUUUUACGUUUCUGGGAUUUACCCAUUUUCAAGUGUUGUCUCAUCACGUCUCGCCUCAUAAGGAUUUUCCACCCCCAUUUUACACUGCAUGUGUGCAGGAGCUAAGGGAAAAGAUGACGCUGGCAGGGAUGCAUGCACAUUUUCUUUACACCAGAGCACAUUUAUACUGCAAUUAACUGCGUUAAUAAUACAAUCCAUGUGCUGAGUGCCUAAAUGGAUCAUUUUGUAUAGUUUUCAGGUCAUUUAUCUCAGAUUAAGUAAGUUGCCUUUCAGUUUGUAUUUCUUAUUUCACAGGUUUACACAGUGUGUCCUUCAGUUAUACGUGGGUUUACAUUAAGCUGUUUUUGAAUCUUGGGGAUUGUUAAAUAUAAAGAGCACUUCAAAAGAAUCAAAUAUUAAAUCCAAGUUUUUAAUCACUUUGAUGAUACUUUGACUUUAAUAUUGUAAAACCUGCUUUUAUUAUGCUGUAGUACAAAACCAUGUGGCAUGUUUCAUUUUCGACUGCUCUGCGUUUGAGUGUGGAAAAGUUACCAGUUGCCAUAAAAAUUUUUUGGGGUUGUGUCCAUAUUUUAUUUAUGAGCCAAAACAUUGCUUGUGCCUUUUGAGAGAAAACAAAAGAAAGACAAACAGGUUUAUUUUUUUUUCUUUGUGCAGUUGUUUCCAAGCUGUUUGCAAAGAGUACUGUAGUCAGUGUAUUUCUUGUAUGAUUGAACUGCAGUCAGUUGCAGUGGAUUUGCAGUUUCAGUGCUAUCACCUUCAGCAAUAGAUCAGCGAGGCCUGUCGGGUUCAUUGUACAUCUUUUGCUGUAUCAAUAUUUUCUGGUCUGAUUUCACUUGAAUAAGCACACGAGUGCAUUUUUGGUCCGAAGUGUAUAAAAGACACAUUUUGUACAGUAGCCUUCAUUACAUCAGCACAAUCAAUUGCCAAAUGUCACAGCAAAAUGAAGUGGGUUUCAGUGUGACCUCAUGUCCCGUCGUGGUGGUGUUAACAUUAGUUGGAAGGUGCUUUUAAAAUUCACAGUUAUAGUACAUUUUAUACUUUAUAAAAAGAGUAUUCAUAAUUGUGUUGCUAAUGUUUGUAAAACGAAAGAAUUACGUAUACUCAGAUUGUAUGUCAACUGUUAUAUUUUGUGCAUUCCUUAAUAAAUGGUUAAGAUUUAAUAAUA